GCUACAUGCAUUCAGCACGUUUACUGAGCAACUGCCCUGUAUCCUGCAACACGAGAAGUACUGACAAUAAAGAUGUUUCCUCGGCAACCUGGGACCCCUGGUAUGGCUAGCUUGAGCCUUGAGACAAUGAGACAGUUGGGAAGUUUGCAGGGAUUAAACAUCCUUCCUCAGUAUUCUAGAUUUGGCUUUGGGAAAUCUUUCAAUUCUCUCUGGAUGCAUGGUCUCCUCCCACCACAUUCCUCUUUCCCCUGGAUGCGACCAAGGGAACAUGAAACUCAACAGUACGAAUACUCUUUGCCUGUUCAUCCGCCACCUCUACCCUCACAGCAGUCCCUACAGCCUCAGCAGUCUGGGCCGAAACCUUUCCCUGUGCCCACUGAUGCAACUGCCAUCCAAGACCCAGCCCAGAAGGCUGGGCCACAGCCUCCAAUUCACCUAGGCUUUCCGCCGUUGCAGCAGGCUGAAUCACCAGCGAUUCUGCAGCAGGUGGCACCAUCAGAGAAGCCACCCAAACCGGAGAUAUUCCAGAUUGCCCGUUUGAUAUCUCAAGGACCAGUGCCGCCAAACAAACAGUCACAGUCGCCACUUUAUCCAGGAAUGUUUUACAUGUCCUAUGGAGCAAAUCAAUUGAACGCCCCUGGCAGACUCGGCAUCAUGAGCUCAGAAGAAAUGGCUGGAGGCCGAGGUGGUCCCAUGGCCUAUGGAGCAAUGUUUCCAGGAUUCGAAGGCAUAAGGCCCGGCUUCGGGGGGAUGCAGCCUAAUCAAGGCAAGGGCGGUGACUUCACGCUGGAAUUCGACACUCCAUUCGCGACCAAAGGACCUGAGAAGGGGGAAGGAGGUGCCCAUGGUGCCCCCAUGCCAGAGGCCAACCCAGCCAAUGCCGAAAACCCAGCCCUCCUUUCAGAGGUAGCGCCCGGUGCUCACGGAGCGCUUCUUGCUUUCCCUAAGGGCCUCUUCCCCAGCCUGGCCAGAGGCCCUGCAGGGCAGAGCCGAGGACCCCUCAGGGUCACUCCAGAAGUUGCUGACCCCAUGGUAACCCCAGGAUUAGCUGAUGUUUAUGGGACCUACGGUGCUGACAUGACCACACCCCUAGGUCUCCAGGGAGAAGGCACUACAGAUCCCACCAUGACCCCAGACGUUUCUCAAACAUCGGCGCAGGGCAACAAGGCUGAGCAGCCCCCGAAUAUGCACAAGGGGUGGCAUUUCCAAGAGCCCUGAAGGUGUUGGGAUACUAGCUAUGUCUUGUAUACGCAAGAUUCUCAGCUUUGUCCCCAUAGUGUAUCUUUUUGCUAAAACUAUUAUUAACCCUCUGCAGCAAAAAUAUUCAUAGUAUCCAAACGAAUGUUAGUCAAUAAAAAGUGGUUAACAGGAGCGUAGGCCUCCUUCUUGCUUUUGUUCUCUUAUGAAAUAAAUGUGUGCGUUGUCUCUGUGAUUUAGGGGUGAGUUUAAGGGUCUCUGAAUUUCAUCAUCAAUGCUGUGUAGCUGUCAGGCAUUAGAGCAUUUCUCUUACUAGUAUGGCCCCGUGUAGCCACCAAAUGUGACACUGCUUUAGAAAGUUUUCACUAAUACAGACACAUAGUCUCAGAAUUGUAAGCUAUGUCAUUCAAACUCUAUUAUAGUAGGGAUGUGUGCAGAACCCUUGACUGGUAUUACUGGGUCUGGUACAUUGGAUUUAAAAGCUUUGUUUGUAGAGUGUUUUAUUUAAUCUAGCAAAAAUCACCUAAUCUAUUUUAAAUAAAGAA